CAGACAUGUCCACUUACCCCACCUCGGGCCCAGUUGUCAGAAAUAGGAAGGACAGAAGAAUAUGGUUGAUGACAACAACAAAAAAAUCCACCGCAAAACUUCUCACAAGCAACGUGUUCCGCUACAGGAUGCCGGCCGGAAAGAUGGCGGACACUGCGAGGAAUGGGCGCGACCACACAGCUGGUGACGUCAGCAAAACGCGACAAGUAGCCCAGACAAGUCUUUCCAAGCUGCUUCUUCAACACAUUUUGGCGAAUUGGUUGCUACAAAUCAUUUGAUGUAUUCGCCCUGUCUCGGUCACACGCGUGAGAGGGGGUAAAAGCCACACAAUUAGUGUUCCGUGAGUACUGAAUCAUCUGAGGGGAGACUCCCUCUGCCACACUUGAGAAAACCCUUGUUUAAGAGGAUGGCUACGCCGAGCAAAACACCUCCUGGACCCGAUCCCAAGCAGCUGGAGCGGACCGGUACUGUGCGGGAGAUUGGGUCCCAGGCAGUGUGGUCACUGUCCUCCUGCAAGCCUAGCUUCGGCGUGGACCAGCUGAGAGACGACAACCUGGAGACGUACUGGCAGUCAGACGGGUCCCAGCCUCACCUGGUGAACAUCCAGUUUAGGAGGAGGACAAGGGUGAAGAUGCUGUGUAUUUACGCCGACUACAAAUCGGAUGAGAGCUACACUCCCAGUAAGAUCUCCGUCAGAGUGGGCAACAACUUUCACAACCUUCAAGAAGUCAGGCAGCUGGAGAUGGUGGAGCCCAGCGGAUGGAUUCACAUCUCGCUCCUCAACCAGGUUUGCAUGCAACAUGUAGAAACGAGGCAGAUUGCAGUGCUGGCCAACCACCAGAAUGGCAGAGACACGCACAUGCGCCAGAUCAAGGUCUACACGCCGGUGGAGGAGAGCUCCAUCGGCAUGUUUCCACGAUGCACCACUGUGGACUUUAUGAUGUACCGCACCAUCAGGUGACCUGCACCGCCACUUUGGAUUUGUUUUCACAAUGGACUGUCAGGUGUUGGCUCAUGCCACGCCAUCUGAACCACUGCCGUGCCUCCUUACUAUUUUGAAUUAAAUGUUUUACAUACCAAGCAUCAUUCAAAGAAUACAUAUGACUAAACAUGUACAUAAAAACCAACAUAUUACAAGACUGUCCAAAUUACUUUAACAUUUGUUAAUUUCCUAUACGUUCGAUACACACUACAGUACUCACAAAAAGCUGGAGACAAAACCAAAGCGCACGACCACCUUUGUAGUCGGACCCAACCUGAGCCUCCCUAACUCUAGAAAUAAUAUCAUUAUUACUGGACUAUUGCAGAUGAACAUUUCUUAAAUUACUUUGUAGAAAUAAAGGUUAAAUGUUUUUAAUAUAUAAUUAUCAGAAAUGACCUGCAGUAAAACGCUAAAAUCCUGUCUGUAUCAAUUGAGAAUUGUAGUUUACCAAUGCAGUAUGAUGGGAAACAAAUGCCAUACGUCAUAAAAAUGUAAUAAUCACCAGCUUGUUCGUUCAUUGCAGUUCACUGUGG